AAGAGUCAGCCUUCGAUUUUUCAUUCAUUUAGUUUUAAAAAAAAAUAAAGAUCACCGUCCCUGAGUCAAAAUUUGUUUCAAAAUUUCAACGCCACCGCAACUAUUGAAGACUACGUUGAACUUUACGGUUCAGUCGAGAGUGCAGUGCAGAUCCUUUUAAGAUCUGAUAAUAAUUCCGCAUCCGCAUCCAUAUCCGCAAGCGUGCCGAAUUUUAUGAACCUAAAACCACAACAAGGAUUUCAGAUUGCAAGUAGACAGACAUAUGCCCCCCAAAAGAGUGAAAAGGAGGAAUUUAAAAGGGACGAGACCAAGAUAAGUAGGUCAAGAAUGCAAGAAUCGAAAGAUCAAUGUUCAACAUAAGAAGUAAAUGUAAAGAAUAUUAUCUUAAAUUUUAAAUUAAGUGUUUUCGUUUGCAUCAAAGUAGAGAGUUGGCACGAUCAAGUAGUUAUCUGUCAAGAGUUUUAAAGACCCACAAAAUCGAAACAAGAAACUAAUAAACAAGUAAACGUUUAUACAUCAAGAAAUUGCAAUUAAUAAAAGUCCCAAAAAGAGAGGAGUUGCGAAGCGAGUUAGGAAAAUACAAAAUAAACCGAUACAAUCAUAUAUAUAUAUAUAGGAAAAGUUAGCGAGAUUAUCGAAGAACAGAAGAAGGAAUACGUGUGCUUGAGCAGGAUCAAGCCAGAACACAUCGGUUUUCAGAAGCAGGGGGAAUCCCCGAGGAAUCAGCACCAACGGCUUCCCAGGCUGCCAAUCGAUCCAAACCGGAUCACGAUCACGUCGCUGCGGAUCGCAAGACCGACGUCGCCAUGACGGACGUGCUCAACCUGGAUAGCAUCAUAUCCCGGCUGCUGGAGGUGCGCGGUGCCCGGCCGGGCAAGAAUGUCCAGAUAACCGAGGGUGAGAUCCGCGGUCUGUGCCUCAAGUCUCGCGAGAUCCUGCUGGCCCAGCCCAUACUACUCGAACUGGAGGCGCCGCUCAAGAUCUGUGGCGACAUUCAUGGCCAGUAUUACGACUUGUUGCGCCUGUUCGAGUACGGUGGCUAUCCGCCGGAGGCCAAUUACCUCUUCCUGGGCGACUAUGUGGACAGGGGCAAGCAGUCGCUGGAGACCAUCUGCCUGCUGCUGGCCUACAAGAUCAAGUAUCCGGAGAACUUCUUUCUGCUGCGCGGCAAUCACGAGUGCGCCAGCAUCAACCGAAUCUAUGGGUUCUAUGACGAGUGCAAGCGCCGCUAUACCAUCAAAUUGUGGAAGACCUUCACGGACUGCUUCAACUGUCUGCCCGUGGUGGCCAUUGUGGACGAGAAGAUCUUCUGCUGCCACGGCGGUCUGAGUCCGGAUCUCACCUCCAUGGAGCAGAUACGCCGCAUAAUGCGGCCCACGGAUGUGCCCGAUCAGGGAUUGCUCUGCGAUCUGCUGUGGUCCGAUCCGGACAAGGAUACCAUUGGUUGGGGCGAGAACGACCGCGGGGUGAGCUUCACCUUUGGCGCCGAGGUGGUGGGCAAGUUCCUGCAGAAGCACGACCUCGAUCUCAUCUGUCGCGCCCAUCAGGUGGUCGAGGAUGGGUACGAGUUCUUCGCCAAGCGGCAGCUGGUCACCCUCUUCUCGGCCCCAAACUAUUGCGGUGAAUUCGACAAUGCCGGUGCCAUGAUGUCCGUCGACGAUACCCUUAUGUGUUCCUUCCAAAUCCUCAAGCCCGUCGAGAAGCGCAAGAAGUAGAUCUCCGGAACUCUGGCUCCACCACUGAAACACUUUAACACACCAAACACAACACCACUCCCAAUCUCAUUCACAUACACGAUAUAACGACAGAAUCGACAUAAUCCACACAUCGACACAUCGACACAUCGAAUCGAAAUCAAAUCAUUACUUUGCUGUCGUCUACUGGAUCGAAGUGGGAUUCGAUGAGCUGAUGGUCUUAAUCCGCACUUUGCUUGUAAAUAAAGACUUCUAUUGAGUUCAA